CAUAUCAUUCCUUGUUUACCGAAACUAUUUUCACUGGUUUUACUCGUAUUUUUACAUAUGUUGAUGAUUUAAUUCUUUUUUAUCCUGAUUUGAAUGAAGUUAAUUUUGUGAAAAUAGUUUUGCUGGAUAAACAAUUCAACAUCCAAGAUCUAGGAGCCUUUAAAUACCUUUUAGGAUUUGAGUGGAACGGAUCAAAGAGUGGUAUAUCCUUGAAUUAUAGAAAAUAAACUCUAGCUCAAAGAGUGGUAAAGAUAAUUCUUAUUAGCUUCUAUUGAUCUUACCUCUCAAACAAGUCUUAGAACUCUUCAUUAUCUCAAGCUUCAACCAGGAGAAGGGGCCAGCACUAGCCAUUUAAAAAGACAUUCUGAAAACUGCCUACAAAGGAAGCUCCACAUGGCUAAAGAGAAGAAGCAAACUCUUAUUCCUUUUCAACCUUAUAAUCAGGAUAAUCCAUUUAUUGGGGAUAGAUAUACAAAUGAGAAGAUGAGAGAAAUCAUUGCUACUGUUAUUAUGGUACAUGAACACCCUUUUAGUGUGGUGGAGGAUGAAAUAUGGAUGUGGGCUUUUCAAUAUGCAAACUCAUAUUUUCAUAAAAUCGGUCGAAAAACAGCAAGAGCGGAUUGUUUAAGAAUAUACGAGGAAGAGAAGAAAACUUUGAAGGAUUUAUUGAGAAAAAUUGGAAAAAUUAGUAUAACUACUGAUAUGUGGAGAUCAAGUCACCAAGUAGCUGAAUAUAUGGUUAUCACUGGCCAUUUCAUUGAUUAUGGACGGAAACUCCAAAAAAGGGUGUUGAGUUUUGUGAAAAUUCCUGCUCCAAGGCGUGGGAUUGAUGUGGCUGAUGCAAUUUUCAAGUGCUUGAAAUCUUGGGGAAUUGAGAAUAAGAUAUUUUCAGUUUCAGUCGACAAUGCUUCUUACAACGAUUCUUGUUUAAAAAGUUUGAAGGAAGACUAUCCACUAAGCAGAAUGUUAGUUCUUGGAGGGGCAUUGUUUCAUGUUAGAUGUUGUGCACAUGUACUAAAUUUGUUAGUGCAAGAUGGUCUUAGCCAAAUUAAGGAUGUCAUUGGCAAAGUUCGUGAAAGUGUGAAGUAUAUUAACCAUAAUGAUGAGAGAUUGAAAGCUUUCUGUGAUGUUGUUGAACAAAAGGGGCUGAAAGAUAGGAAGCUCAUACUUGAUUGCCCAACAAGAUGGAAUUCUACAUAUCACAUGUUAUCCGCUGCAUUGAAAUUCAGGAUUGCAUUUCCAUCUUAUAAGGAAAGAGAACCACAUUAUAAGUAUGCACCUUCAACUGAAGAUUGGGACAAUGUUGAGAAAGUUUGUCAAUUUCUUGAAGUGUUUAAUCUUGCCACUCUUUUUAUAUCAGGUAGUGAGUACCCUACUUCUAAUCUAUAUCUUGCGGAAGUUUGGAGGGUGAAGCAAGUCAUUGAUAAAGCAACAGAAGAUACAAAUUCAUUUAUGAGAGAAAUGACAGCUUCUAUGAAACUAAAGUUUGACAAAUAUUGGGGUGAAUGCAAUUUGUUGAUGGCUAUUGCUAGUGUUUUGGAUCCAAGGAGCAAAUUUCAUACUGUUGAUAUAUGCUUUCCAUUGAUAUAUGAAGCUGAAGUUGCUAAAGAGAAUAUAAAGAAGGUGAAGAAUUCGUUAGAGGAGCUAUAUGCUGAAUAUGUUUCUCUAAGUCUGCAAGAGUCAUCUUCUAAUGAAGUUCAUACUAGUGGCAUCAAUUCAUCAUCAUCAUCUUCGAUCCAAUCUCAACCUUCAGUCAUCAUCGGAUUUGACCGAAUCAUGAGCAUUGUGCGUGAAAAGGAAGUUGUUCCUACAGUGAAAUCAGAAUUACAAACUUAUCUUGAUGAAGGUGUUUACAUUCCUGAUGGAGAUAAUAGCUCUUUUAGCGCAUUGGAGUGGUGGAAGAACAAUAGCUUAAAAUAUAAGAUCUUAUCAAAGAUGGCUGCUGAUAUUCUAGCUGUUCCUAUAUCUACUGUGGUGUCAGAAUCUACUUUCAGUGCCGGAGGCAGAGUUAUUGAUGAAUAUUGCUCUAAACUGAAUGAGAAAUCGAUAGAAGCACUUAUUUAUGGUGGGGAUUGGCUUUGUCACAAGUAUAACUUGAAACAAAAGUCUAAGGUGGCGGCUGAACAACAUCAAGAGAUCACCUUAAAAAUUUGAGUCCUUUUUGAUGGAUUAUAAUGAUAUUUUGAAUUUUCUGCUGGUGUUAUAAACUAAUGCAUCUGCUGUUGUUCUUCUUGUGUUUUAACAUAUUGUCAUUAUGUCUGUUAUGUUAGUAUUUGUAGAAACUUGCUUGUGUAGUGGCUUAAGGUAAUACUUUAUUUGUGUUAUGAAUUUUAAUCCUUUUUGAUGGAUUAUCAUGAUAUUUUGAAUUUUCUGCUGGUGUUUUAAACUAAUGCACUAUGAUGUU